AUGGAGCAACUAGAUGCGUUGUUGGGUUUAAAAAACAGUAUUAGUAAAAAUGAGACACCAAAACUUUUAGCAAACGAAAAUACCAAUUCCGGAGUAGAAAAAUUAUCGGAAGCCAAGUUUGUUGCCUUUGCAGAGUCACCAAAGCCCUUCAAUUUAGAUGAAAACACGAAAUUUAUAAAGCUAGAAACCAGCGAACCAUUUACGCUUAGAAGCAUCUAUUUUGCUUGGCUGUUGAGAGAUUCCAGUAUUGCUGACUAUAUCCAACAAUGCUCGGAGUAUGGUAUUCGCAACCUAACUUUCUUGGAAAGAACCGAUUUAAUCUCUUGGUUGGAAGGUUCUGCUGAAAGCGAACAUGUCGUUGGAUUAGAAACAAAAGAAACCGGAAAAGCAGAGGUUCCCACUAGAGAACAUAAAGUCGGAGAAAAAAGCGAGCAAGUAAAAUGGUUGCAAGAUAACUCUCGUGUUGUCUCCAAUCAUAAUACUAUCCUUCACGGUGCUAAGCCCACGAACUUUCUCUCGUUGCGUAAGGACGUUUUAGAUUAUAUCCAUAUGAACAAAAGCUCUCAUGGCUCAGCUGCUGAAGAUGCUGACAGGUCUGCUAAAAGAAGAAACCGUGAUCCUAUUAUUUUACUCUCUCCCUCUGCUUCUUCUCUUUUGACUAUGCACAAUGUAAAGAAGUUCCUUGAAGAAGGCAUCUUUGUACCACCUCUCGAAGCUGCUCAAGCCGCAGGCGGCGGACGCGGCUCAGGAUUGGUAACUGUGAAUCAUAAAAGUUCCAAAUCUAACUUGGGUACUAUGCGGUUCAUUGUUGUAGACAACACGGAGAAUUUUAAACCAGAUUAUUGGAAUCGUGUAGUUUGUGUUUUUACCACAGGCCAGGCAUGGCAAUUCCGUGAUUAUAAAUGGUCGGAACCCCAUCAGCUUUUUCAUCAUGUCAAAGGUUUCCUUGUUCAAUAUAUCGGUGAUGCUCCUCAUCCUGCUACAAGGGAUUGGAAUGUUGAAGGCGUCUUUGUUGAACGUGUCCGACGACACACAGAUCGUGAGGUUGUCAGCCAGUUAUGGGACAAAUUAGAACGAUGGGUGGAAAAUCGAUGGCCUCUGUUAAACGGUGGUAGACGAUAA